UUGGAUUUCUCCCCGCAAGCCUCGAUAUAACCCCCGUCCCGUCGGAUCGCUCGGUCGGCUGCCCACCAGCGUCGCUGCUUUCGCGCCCUGCAUCUUUGCUGGGGACUUCUUUUCGUCUUAUCUUUCCUGGAUUUCCCCUCGGUGCUGGCCCUGAUCCGAAUCUGCAACGAUGACGAUUUACAUCGCCUCGCUAUUCCUUCCAUACACCGUUAAUUUCCACUUGCAGGAGUCGCGAGAUCCCCGGCCCCGCACCACAAGUUCGCCUUCCUCCAAGCCUCUGGUCGAUACCGCAACCCCGGCCCCCAAUACCGGGGUCAGCCUGUUCGAACAACAGACUACACCCCAGAAAAUAGGGCUCACACCGGGCGCGACAACCGAGCAUGAACGUAUAUUUUCGUCCAAUCUCGCCAAGGCCGAACAGGAACAUACCGGCUACCCGUUCCCCUCCCAGGCAAACGAAACACAUCUCACGGCAGGGAGCGAAGGCCAUUCCCCUGCGUGGGGCUCGACGCUGUCCUUGAAUCAGCCCCGGCCACGCGCGGCAGUUCCUCCUUCGCCGUCAAUUCUCAAGCACCAAGAGCCUAUCGUUCCUGCCCCGGAGCCGUCCGGUGAGAGGGCAGCCAGAGAACUGCACGCCUCCUCGAUCCAACCGAUCCAUUCCCCCAUCCAUCGCAGGGAAUCAAGCCGGAAGUAUUCCUUCUCCGGAGCCCGCUGGACCAUCCAGACGGCCGAGCAAGGUAACGGGGGGCUGCGCAAUGCCGUGCGGUCCGCGACAGAUGCCGGACAACUCGAAGACCAGGUCUGGGUGGGUACGCUGGGAAUGCCUACGGAUGCGCUAUCUCCGUAUACCAGGGCGGCAAUUGCGGAGAAACUCCAGGGCGAAUAUGGGUCGCUGACCGUCUACGUCAGUGAUGGUGAUUUCGACGGCCACUACACCCACUUCUGCAAAACGAUCCUCUGGCCGGUGUUUCACUACCAGAUUCCCGACAACCCGAAAAGCAAGGCCUACGAGGAUCAUUCAUGGAUCUACUACGUGAAAACCAACCAAGCGUUUGCCGAGCAGAUUGCGAGAAAUUGGAAGCGCGGGGAUUCGAUCUGGGUCCAAGACUACCACUUAUUGCUGGUUCCUGCCAUGCUUCGUAAACUACUCCCGGACGCCCAGAUCGGUUUCUUUCUGCACAUUGCCUUUCCUUCAUCCGAAGUGUUCCGCUGCUUGGCGCCCCGCAAAGAACUCCUCGAGGGAAUUCUUGGUGCAAACCUGGUGGGAUUCCAAACUGAUGAGUACUGCCGCCAUUUUCUCCAGACGUGUAGUCGCAUUCUCUGCGUGGAAGCCACCAACGACGGUAUUCAGUUGGAAGAUCGGUUUGUCAACGUGAACAAAUUCCCCAUCGGAAUCGACCCCACCUCUUGGGAUAAGCGGCGCCAAGCCACCGACGUUGAGCGCUGGAUCAAAACAAUCUCGGAGCGUUAUGAGGGCAAACGACUUAUCGUGUCUCGUGACAAGAUUGAUCAAGUCCGGGGCAUUCGGCAAAAGCUUCUUAGCUAUGAGCUUUUCCUGAACACAUAUCCCGAGUGGAGGGAUCAGGUCGUCUUGAUCCAAGUGGCUACCAGUACGACAGAACAACCGGAACUUGAGGCGACCAUAUCUGACAUUGCCAUGCGUAUCAAUUCCACCCAUUCGACGCUUGCCCAUCAACCUCUGGUUUUCCUAAAGCAGGACUUGGCUUUCCCGCAAUAUCUUGCGUUGAUCUCCAUUGCUGACGCUCUCAUGAUCACGAGUUUGCGAGAGGGUAUGAACCUGACAAGUCAUGAAUUCGUCUACUGCCAGGAUGGGAAAUAUGAAACACGAAAGUACGGGUCUUUGAUCUUGAGUGAGUUCACGGGAAGUGCGUCGGUGUUCGGCAAUCAUGCUCUCCUAGUCAAUCCUUGGAAUUAUAGACAGUGUGCCGAAGCGAUCCACACGGCCCUCUCCCGGAGCGAAGAGGAACGACAGCAGGUGUGGAUGCAGCUGCAUCGAGCAGUGCUCGAGAACUCCACCGCAAACUGGGUCAAGUCUUUCAACGAGACUUUGAACCGUGUCUGGAAUGAGCAGUCGUCUCGCGAAAUCAUGGCAGUGCCACGCUUGUCGGUUAGCAAGCUCGAAGAGCUGUAUCGUCUAUCGUCACGUCGGCUCAUCAUCGUGGAUUACGAAGGCACGCUUGCCUCAUGGGGCUCGCCGAAAAGCAUCAUCGUUACGACGCCGCAACGAGCGAUCACCACCCUAACCGAGUUGACUGAUGACCCCAAAAACGUGGUGUUUGUCAUGAGCUCCAGGAUGCCGGAAGAGAUGGAGCGCCUGUUUCGAAUGGUCGCCGGCCUCGGUCUCAUCGCGGAGAACGGCUGCUUCGUGCGUGAGCCGGGAACCGAGGAAUGGUUCAAACUGACCAACAAAGCGCAGACCGAUGCGUGGAAAGAGGCGGUCCGCCAGAUUCUCAGUUACUACCAGGAACGGGCGGAGGGAAGCUGGAUCGAGCAGCGUCACUGCUCCCUAAUGUUCCAUUACGGGUCAGCAGAGGAUCAGGCAGCUGCCUCACGGUUGGCAUCCGAGUGCGCCGGGCACAUCAACGACUCGUGUGCCAACCAAGGGGUUCACGCGGUCCUGAUCAACGGGGCGUUGGUGGUUGAGCCGGCUGAUACCAACAAAUCCUCGGCCGCUGCCAUGGUCUGGCGACAUUGUCUCGAGCGAAGUGAGAAGGAUCCCACAAUUGAGCGGCCAGAUUUCCUCCUCGCCAUCGGAGAUGGCCGCGAUGACGAGCCGGUGUUUAGAUGGGCCAAUAAACUCCAGCAGGCCAAUGCGGUGAAACACGCCAUGACGGUGACUCUGGGUUCUCGGAGCACGGAAGCCAAGGCAACAUUGACACAGGGCGUCACAGGCGUUCUGUCAUGCCUGGAGAAAUUGGCCGCCACCACCACCGGGCCAUGAGACGAUCUUCCCUCUUCCUUCCCUUGUCUUUUAUUUUCUCCUUGUUAAAUUCUUUUCUCGGCUACAGUUGGCGGGGAUUACCUGGUAAUAUAAACGGCAUAUGAGUAUUUGGCGGGCGUCCAAAAGCAAGCAAUUGAGACGGCGCGAGAGGCAUUGAUAUUGAGAACUUUUUUUUUUCUCCCUC